UCGCAGCCAGAGGAAGUUUCGGUGACCGCAAAGGCCGCUCAGGCAUGGCCAUGUGGACAGCAUGGCUACUUUUGUUGCCCCUGGUGGCUGGAGAGUGUAAGAGUUGCCAGACCAAGGGCUUCUACAUGUUGCAACACAAGCACGUGCACCACGUGCACAAGGCGAUAGUGAAGAAGAAAACUGGCGACACAGUGGUGGACAAAUACGGUUCCCUAAAAGUGGUGGGGAACCAGGUGACGGAUGAGUCUGGUGCACCGGUUCGGCUGCGUGGGAUGUCUCUCUUCUGGUCCCAAUGGAAGCCACAGUUCUGGACCAAGGGUACCACAGAAUGGCUGCAGAAAGACUGGGGAGUGACUCUGAUCCGUGCAGCCAUGGCGGUAGAAUCAGGUGGUUAUCUUACCAACGAGGAAGCGGAACUCAAGAAGGUAAAGACAGUGGUGGAUGCUGCCAUUGAUGUUGGCAUUUACGUGAUAAUUGAUUGGCACGACCACAACGCGGAAAAGCAUGAAAAAGAAGCAACCAAGUUCUUUCGAGAGAUGGCCAAAGAAUAUGGCGAGUUUCCCAACGUCAUCUUCGAGAUCUACAACGAGCCGAUCGCGCAAGAUUGGAGCCAGACAAUCAAGCCAUACCACGAGAGGAUCGUGAAAGUCAUUCGUAAGUAUUCCUCCAACCUGAUUGUGCUGGGCACUAGGACGUGGUCUCAAGAUGUAGAUGAAGCAGCACAAGAUCCGGUACAAGGAGAGAACUUGGCGUACACCAUCCACUUCUAUGCCAACACCCACAUGCAGGAGCUUCGGGACAAAGUCACCAAGGCAGUCCAAUCUGUUGCCGUUUUUGCCACGGAGUGGGGCACUUGUGACGCCGACGGGGAUGGUACCUUGAACUUCCAGGAGGCCAAGAUAUGGCUGAACUUCUUCAAGGAAUUGAAUAUUUCGGAUGCCAACUGGGCGGUCAGCGACAAGCAGGAAGCUUGUUCCGCGCUUCUGCCGGGUGCCAGCGGAGAGGGUGGCUGGAAGGACUGUGAGCUGACAGAAUCCGGACACUUCCUGAGGGCAAUGUUGCGAGGUGAGGAAAUGCCCACUAAUCUGCCAACGCCAUGUCCGGCCUUGACGACACCUCCUCCAGGGCAAUGUUCAGAUUCCACGGAUGACUGCUCUGAGACGAUGUGUUGCAACGAGUUGGGUGCCAAAUGUUUCCAGAAAAACGAGUACUGGGCCUCUUGCAAGACCAGCUGCACUGCUGGUAUUGAUCCUGCAGACCCACCAGAGUAUGCCACACCUUGGACCUGCAAGGUGCUCAGCGGAGAGACUGGGACAGAGGCUACCACUUCGUCGACUUCCGGAUCGACUUCGACAACUUCUGCGUCUACGACACCAGGGCAAUGUUCCGAUGCCGCGGAUGAUUGCUCUGAGACGAAGUGUUGCAACGAAGUGGGUGCCAAAUGUUUCCAGAAAAACGAGUACUGGGCCUCUUGCAAGACCAGCUGCACUGCUGGUAUUGAUCCUGCAGACCCACCAGAGUAUGCCACACCUUGGACCUGCAAGGUGCUCAGCGGAGAGACUGGGACAGAGGCCAGAGGAUGUCCAACGGACUACAAGUUCAACUUGUGUUAUUGUGUUACUUGUGCCAACUUGUGCCGAGGCUACCACUUCGUCGACUUCCGGAUCGACUUCGACAACUUCUGCGUCUACGACACCAGGGCAAUGUUCCGAUUCCAGAAAAACGAGUACUGGGCCUCUUGCAAGACCAGCUGCACUGCUGGUAUUGAUCCUGCAGACCCACCAGAGUAUGCCACACCUUGGACCUGCAAGGCGUUAGCAUGUGCUCAGCGGAGAGACUGGGACAGAGGCUACCACUUCGUCGACUUCCGGAUCGACUUCGACAACUUCUGCGUCUACGACACCAGGGCAAUGUUCCGUUUCCAGAAAAACGAGUACUGGGCCUCUUGCAAGACCAGCUGCACUGCUGGUAUUGAUCCUGCAGACCCACCAGAGUAUGCGACACCUUGGACCUGCAAGGUGCUCAGCGGAGAGACUGGGACAGAGGCUACCACUUCGUCGACUUCCGGAUCGACUUCGACAACCUCCGCACCGACUACUACGGCUUCCAUAGAAACGUCCACGACGUCGGUGGUCAAGAAGCAUGGUUUCCUAAAAGUGGUGGGGAACCAGGUGACGGAUGAGUCUGGUGCACCGGUUCGGCUGCGUGGGAUGUCUCUCUUCUGGUCCCAAUGGAAGCCACAGUUCUGGACCAAGGGUACCACAGAAUGGCUGCAGAAAGACUGGGGAGUGACUCUGAUCCGUGCAGCCAUGGCGGUAGAAAAAGGUGGUUAUCUUACCAACGAGGAAGCGGAACUCAAGAAGGUAAAGACAGUGGUGGAUGCUGCCAUUGAUGUUGGCAUUUACGUGAUAAUUGAUUGGCACGACCACAACGCGGAAAAACAUGAAAAAGAAGCAACCAAGUUCUUUCGAGAGAUGGCCAAAGAAUAUGGCGAGUUUCCCAACGUCAUCUUCGAGAUCUACAACGAGCCGAUCGCGCAAGAUUGGAACCAGACAAUCAAGCCAUACCACGAGAGGAUCGUGAAAGUCAUUCGUAAGUAUUCCUCCAACCUGAUUGUGCUGGGCACUAGGACGUGGUCUCAAGAUGUAGAUGAAGCAGCACAAGAUCCGGUACAAGGAGAGAACUUGGCGUACACCAUCCACUUCUAUGCCAACACCCACAUGCAGGAGCUUCGGGACAAAGUCACCAAGGCAGUCCAAUCUGUUGCCGUUUUUGCCACGGAGUGGGGCACUUGUGACGCCGACGGGGAUGGUACCUUGAACUUCCAGGAGGCCAAGAUAUGGUUCCCCGGUUUUCUCUCGUGCUGGUUGGCUUUUGAUGGCUUUUGGCUGAACUUCUUCAAGGAAUUGAAUAUUUCGGAUGCCAACUGGGCGGUCAGCGACAAGCAGGAAGCUUGUUCCGCGCUUCUGCCGGGUGCCAGCGGAGAGGGUGGCUGGAAGGACUGUGAGCUGACAGAAUCCGGACACUUCCUGAGGGCAAUGUUGCGAGGUGAGGAAAUGCCCACUAAUCUGCCAACGCCAUGUCCGGCCUUGACGACACCUCCUCCAGGGCAAUGUUCAGAUUCCACGGAUGACUGCUCUGAGACGAUGUGUUGCAACGAGUUGGGUGCCAAAUGUUUCCAGAAAAACGAGUACUGGGCCUCUUGCAAGACCAGCUGCACUCCUGGUAUUGAUCCUGCAGACCCACCAGAGCAUGCCACACCUUGGACCUGCAAGGCGAUUGGCAUGUGGGUCGCAGAUAUGAGUGAUGGUCCAGGUCAUUGUCAGAUUGUUGGGAACUAUUUCCACUUUAACCCUGGAGCUGGCUGGAAGGACAUCCAAUCGGUCGAUAUCAGCAAGACACCGCAGUCCAAUCCAAUGUGGGUCGUGACUGCGGUGAAAGCAUGA